AUGGCCUUUCACUCUGUGCUCUUUGUUUUCUUAGCUGGACUGGUAUUUUUCUCUGAAGCUGCACCACUGGUCUCCCAUGGCUCUGUUGAUUCCAAAUGCCCUCUCAUGGUGAAAGUGCUGGAUGCAGUCAGAGGAAGUCCUGCAGCUAAUGUAGCUGUUAAAGUCUUUAAAAAGGCUGCAGAUGGAAGCUGGCAGGACUUUGCUACUGGGAAAACCACAGAGUAUGGGGAGAUCCAUGAGCUCACAACAGAAGAAAAGUUUGUAGAAGGAAUAUACAGGGUUGAGUUUGACACCAGCUCUUACUGGAAGGGACUUGGCCUUUCCCCAUUCCAUGAAUAUGCUGAUGUGGUGUUCACUGCUAAUGAUUCCGGUCACCGCCACUAUACCAUUGCCGCUCUCCUCAGUCCUUUCUCUUAUUCAACCACUGCUGUUGUCAGUGAUCCCCAGGAAUAAACAUGUACUGUCAUUACACAAAUACUCUCCUCCCCUAGAACUAUCAUAGGCUUUUAGGAGGAAGGUUUUUCCUAUUGCUAAUGCAUAACUUUUUGCUACAUUAGUUUUUUUCCUAUUUUGUAAUCUGGCAAACUUCAGACAAGUCAAUAAAAUGUUACUUCUUUAAAACA